AUGACAAUAUCAUCAACAACAACAACAAAAAAGAAAAAAAAAUUAGUAUAUAAACAAGAUAAUGAUGGAGUAUUUAGAUUAAAAAAGAUAGAUAAUAAUACACAUGAUAUAAAUAAUAAUGAUAAUGUAUCAAUAACAACAUCAGAAAUAGUUGAAAAAAAAUCAAAAGUUGAUAAUUAUCUUAAUGAAUUAAUGGAUUGUUCAUAUACUAUAAUGGAUGAAUUAAACAGUGGUACUAAUAAUGAAAAACCAAAUUAUAGCACACGAUCAAAAUCAUUAUCUUAUUUAAGUAAUAAUAAUAAUAAUAUCAAUAGUAGAGAAAAAGAUAAACAAAAAAAAUAUAUUAAACCAAUUGCAAAUAAUAAUACAUCAUCUAAAAAUUUGAAAUUAAUUCAAGCAUCCAACAACUCAUCUCCAAAUAAUAGUAGACCAUCUUCAUCUUCUUCAUCUUCAUCUUCACCUAAAAGCAAUCCAAAAAAAUCAUUUUUAUCAAAUUUAUUCAAAUUUCCAAAUUUAUCAUCAUUUUUACCAACUUUACCAAGUUUACCAUUUCCUACAUUCCCUAAUUUUGAACCACAAAUGACGCAAAUCAGGCAAACCACUUCAGAUAUUUUAAAAUUCCAUAUUCCAAGUUUCUUGUUGGGUAUAAUUUUAACCGUGCUAGCAAUAAUUUUCAAAAAACAAUUAAUAUUAUUAACUAUUGGAUUAGUUGUAAUUGGAAUAGUUGUUGGACUACUAGUAGUAGCAGGUAUAAUAGUAGCUUUAAAAAUGGGAUAUUUAAAACAAGAAGAUAUAGCUAUAGUCAAUCAAGUUUUGACUUUUAUGCAAACUAAAUUAAAUCUAUUCCAAUCAAAACAAGAAAUUGAAUCAAAUGGAGAAGUUGAAAGUACAAUUAUACAAAAUUAUAUAAGAGAUGAUAAUCAUUCAAAUCAUUCAAACAAUAGUAACCAGAACAAGAAAAGAAUGUCUUUACAACCCCAACAACUACAACAACAACCGAAAAUAAAAGAAAGAAGACAAUCAAAUAUUAGAGUAACUCCAUUUAGAUACGAUAGAGAAACUUCAAAUAAUUCAACUCCAAAUAUCAACAUGAAUAAUAAUUAUUCAACAUCAUAUGAAUAUUCACAACCACAAAAAUUAAAAAGAUUAAAUACUGAACCAGCACUAAUAACAAAAAGAAAUUCACCACCAUCAUCUAAGAGAUCAAGACAAAAUUCAUCAAUGGAAAUUGAAAAAAAGCAUCUUCCAAUAACUCCACAAUCAAAUGAUGAAUUACCAUUUAUAAAUGAAGUUAAAUUAGUUGAUUCAUUAAAUCAAGAUGAUGAAUAUUCAGAAAAUUACAACAAUCAUAACAACUAUAACAAUCACAAUUACAAUAACAAUUACAACAACAAUAAUAACAGAGAAAAAGAAUAUUACAUAAAUGAUGAAAUUGAUGAAGAUGAUGAAUAUUUAAAACAUUAUAAUAAUCAUAACUAUUACAACAAUAAUAAUAAUAACAACCAUAGAGAGAAAUUUAUAAAUGAAGUUAGAUUAGUUGAUUCAUUAAAUUAA